AUGAUGGACAGUGACAAUUGUUCAAACUUCUCGCAGUCAACUCAGGGAGAAGAGAGGAGGAGACGCCAGCCUGGAGCCGAGACAGAAAGUGAACGUCCAAGUUAUAGGGAGAGGGAAGCGGCUAGAAAGAGGGCUAGGAGACAAAAUGAGAGCGCUGAAGAGCGACAAAGUAGGCUUCAGCGGGAGGCUGAGCAAAGACGUAAAAGACGCACACAGGAGACACAAGAACAAAGAAAUGCUCGACUUUCGGUUGACGCUGAAAGAGCUAGAAUCCAUAGGCAACAAGAAAGCGAAACUCAGAGGAGUGCUCGCCUGACAGGUCUCGCUGAACGAGCUCGAACUCAAAGACAGCUGGAGGAUGACGAGCACAGGGAAAUCCGUCUGUCUCGAGUCGCCGAUCGCGCUCGCAUUCGAAAAGCACUGGAGGACGAAGAUCAUAGAGAAAUGCGCCUCGCAAGACUUGCUCAGAGCGCUCGAAUUCGAAGGGACUCGGAGGAUAUGGAACGUAGACAGGCGCGCCUUGCAAGACUUGCACAGAGCGCGCGAAUUCGAAAGGAGCUGGAAGAUGAGGCGCAUAGGGAAGCGCGCUUGGCGGGACUGGCUGAAAGCGCACGAGUUCGACGUGAACUAGAGGGCGAAGAAGAUAGGGAAGCACGAUUAGCAGGGAACGCUGAUAGAGCUCGAAUGUGGCGACGUUUGGAGGACGCUGCACAAAGACAAUUGCGGCUAGCUCAAGACGCAGCUAGGGCUCGAGCACGGCGACUUUCGGAGGACGAGGAGCAAAGGUUCACAAGAUUGACACAAGAAACGGAGAGCUCAACGGGAGCGGAUACGGAGGAGUCAAGAGACAUUGGAGGAAACUCAAGAAAGGCGACGUCUCGAAACUGA